CGAUUUAGAUAAAAUCCAAUUAUUCGCCACGUUCCGAGUUCUCUACUCUCGUUUGGGGCGAUUUGGAGUGAGGAAGCCAUGGGUCCGGGAUUGUACUCCGAUGUCGCCAAAAGGGCGAGAGAUCUUUUGUACAAGGACUACCAGACCGAUCAGAAGUUCACUAUCACCACCAGCACUUUGAACGGAGUCUCUAUUACAACAUCUGGCACAAAGAAAAAUGAACUGAUAUUUGGUGAGCUUCAGUCCCAGUGGAAGAAUAACAAUAUCAGUGUUGAUGUUAAAGCAACUUCAGACUCUAAAUUUGCUACAACAGUUACGGUUGAUGAACUCACUCCUGGCUUGAGAUCUAUUUUCAGUGUAAUCAUACCGGAUCAGCGGUCUGGAAAGGUUGAGCUGCAGUACCUGCAUAAUUAUGCAGGUGUAACUGCUGGGAUUGGAUUGACUGCUAACCCUGUUGUCAACCUUUCCGGAGUUGUUGGAACUAAUACUUAUGCUGUUGGAGCUGAUGUAUCGUUUGAUACUGCAACAGGAAACUUCAUCAAAUGCAAUGGAGGUUUGAAUGUAAUCAAUGCUGAUCUUAUUGCCUCGUUAACCGUGAAUGACAAGGGAGACAGCGUAACUGCCUCCUAUUACCACCUGGUGAGUCCGUUAAGUACAGCAGUUGGAGCAGAGCUCACUCACUGUUUUUCGAGCAAUGAGAAUACCAUGACCUUUGGGACGCAACAUACCCUGGAUCCUCUUACCAAUGUCAAGGCUCGCUUUAACAACUGUGGCAAAGCUAGUGCAUUAAUCCAACAUGAGUGGAGGCCCAAAUCGUUUGUCACCAUCUCUGGGGAGGUCGACACAAAAGCAAUCGAGAAGAGUGCCAAGGUUGGCCUGGCCUUGGUCCUCAGGCCCUAACGUAAAUUCUCUGAGACUGUAAGAUCACUCCGUUUCUCCUGUUGGAAUGGCAUCUUUUGAUUUCAUGACUCGUAUGUUUGGCAAUGCCAGAAGAUUUCUUGGCUUUCACCUUACGGUAACUGGAUUUUGCUAGUAAUUUUUUUCACCUGUUAAAUAUGCUGUACCAGGCUGUGGUAUUAAUUUGCAGAAACUUUGUCGUUUUUGUUGGUUCUUU